AUGGCUUCGAGACAAGAAGAUAAGAAAGAAAGAGCUGAAGCAGCUGCACGGAAAGCAGCCGAUGAACUUCAUGAUUUAAAUAAGGGCACGAAUGAGAAAGGUAGCAUGAUGCACGAAGAAACUCCAUUUGAUCAAGGGCAUGAUCAGAGAAGUAGUGGAGUAAUCGGAAAUAUAUUUAAGUCUGUUAAAGAGACUAUCACUGGGAAGGCUCAUGACACAUCCGAGACGACAUUAAGAGAAAGUGAGGAUGUCGCAGCACACAAGAUUCAUGGAGCUUCCGAGACUACGGAUCAAAAAGAACUAUAUGAAGAAACAGAGGACAAUGCAAGGAAAAUGAUGCAAGAACUUAAGCUCAGCGAAGAAGGAAUCCAGGAUGAGGCUCGACAGAGCGCUGAGGCAGAUAGAGAAACAGCAGCUGCUAGGGGAAGCGCAGCAAAAAAGAAUAUCUAUAGUGCAAUGGGGAAUCUAACAGGUUCCAUCAAGGAGAAGUUAACAAUGCCAAGUGACAUAGUAGAGGAGACGCGUGCAGCACGUGAGCUGGGUGGACCGAAGAGGGGUAUGAGGACGGAUGUUGAUGAGAGGAGUCCUGUUGCUCGAUCAGGUUUCGUUUUCACAACAGCAAAGGAUGACACAAGUUCAUAG